AUGUCUACAGAUAAAAUUGCUUUGAUCACUGGUUAUACAGGAGAAUCAGGAAAAGCACUUGUAAAAGAAUUAAUCAAUAAUAAUCUAUUUAAAAAAAUUAUUCUUGUUGGUCGUCGAAAAAUUGAUUAUAUUGAUAAUAAAUAUGUAGAAAAAACGGAACAACGUGAAAUAGAUUUUGAUAAAAUUGAUGAAUAUGCUGAAGCAUUUCGUGGUGCUGAUGUACAUUUUUGUUGUCUUGGUACUACAAGAAGUAAAGCUGGAGUUGUAAGUAUGAAAUGAAAUAUUUCAGUUUUUU